CGGCGCACGUCCGGCAUUUAGAUCACGUGGUAUAUACCUGAUCGGGAUUAGUGAGGGGCCUUGCCGGAGCUUCACACCAAUAUUGCCGAGAAGGGACCGAUUCUGAUACCAUUUUCUGCAAUUGAGAAGUCAAUCAUUCAUAUUAAAGCUAUCUUACAAGUGUACUUCUACCUCGCCAAUACACGUAUUCUAGUGACUAUCUAAUAAUUAACUGCUGCUCAAAAAAAUAAUCUUACGGAAGAGAAGACUCAAACGCCCGGUCAUCCAGAUAGAACCAACUGUUCCUCCCUAAUACAAAGAUAUAGGAGAGAACUGAAGAAGAAGACGAAGCAAUAGACCAUCUUUAUCCACCUAUCAUCCUUUCUUCAAGAAACAAAAGUUCUGCGAAAAUGGAGGCUAGACCUUCAUACCCCCUCCUACCCAAAACCCUUCUCAUAAUAUCUCUCAAAAUGUACUUCACCCCUCCUCGCACAAUCACCUAUCUCCGCGACCUCCUAGACCCCCAAAACGAAAUCCUCCGCCCAGAAAACCGCUCGAAGCUCCUCCUCGCCCUAAUCCCAGACUUCCUCACCAUAUACCCUUGCUCCGAAAUCCUCCAAUCUCACUUCCCCGAACUACAGCAACCAAGCCAAAAAGGCCAACAACAACAUCAACAACCACCCCCCUUCCUCCUCGGCGCCCAAGACUGCUUCUGGCAACCCCUAGGCCCUUACACAGGCGAAGUCUCACCAUCAUGUCUGCAAUCCCUCCACGUCUCGCUAGUUGAACUCGGCCACGCCGAGCGGCGCGCCCUCUUCCACGAGACCGAUGAGCACGUGGGCCGCAAGGCGGCCGCCGUGAGCGCCCAGGGUAUGAUCCCGCUUGUCUGCGUGGGCGAAAUUGCUGCCCCAGGCCCCGUGAUGGCAGACGCGGUCCGAAACGCCGUUGCUGAGUGCAUGGUGCAGGUUCAGGCGGUGCUGGCGGCGGCGCCGAGCUAUGCGCCGCUGAUUUUUGCGUAUGAGCCUGUCUGGGCGAUUGGGAAGCCGGUGCCGGCGAGCGUGGAGCAUGUUGCUGGUGUUGUGGGUGGGAUUAGAGAGGUUGUGGGUGGGAGUGGGAGGGAGGGGGAGGUGAGGAUUUUGUAUGGAGGGAGUGCAGGGCCUGGGUUGUGGGGGGAGGGUGGGUUGGGGAAGGUUGUUGAUGGGAUGUUUUUGGGGAGGUUUGCGCAUGAGGUUGAUGGGGUGCGUAAGGUGGUUAGGGAAGUAGAGGAGACGUUAUAGAAGGGCUCUCGUGAUUUGAGUAGUAGAUAUAGCUUAUUGACAUAGUGACCAUGUUAUCACAAACGAAUGAGCCCUUCCAUUGAAAGUUCUGACUAAUAUCUAUUUUUCAGAAGGGGGUCAAAUGUUCUUAAUUAUAUAUAGAUAUUGUAAGUGGUGAGGUGCAUGCCUUAUGAGUUGAAUCGAUUUUAACAUCGUAGUUAUUUCUUAGUUAUUUCUUAGAAGGAGAGAUGCCUUGAAUAUAUAACUACAUGGAUGUCGGUUCCAUAGUAAUGAAUUCGUAGUAAGAUCAAACAAAAAAGCCAAAAAGGAGAAAAUAGACAAAGGGGGAAGAAAGACGAGAUUGUGCACCAAGCAAAUCAAAGCACAGGAGCAAACCAUGAGAGAACUUCCUUCAAUAAAUACGUUUCUUCAACAUAUAUAGGCCUUCAACAGGAUUUGCUCCUUCAAUAGGU